AGUUUCCCGCUGGGCACAGUUAGAGGCAGCUCCGCACAGUGCGCUCUCCUCUCCGCUCUUCUCUCCGCUCUUCUCCCCGCUCUUCUCCCCGCUCGGUCCCGCAGGAGGGAGACGCAUUCGGAGCGGCAAAGCCUUUCCAAGUCGGAUACCACUAAGUCGCUGACUGCUGCUGAGAAGCCGGGAUUGUACAAUAGACACACGGAGCAUCCUUCUGUCGGGCACCGGGCACCUCCUCACUGGGACCAACCAUCGCUGGCGGGGGCGGGGGGACCCCUUGGAUAUAUAUAUUCCUAUACUGACCCCCCCUCCCCAACUCAAGAACUUGCUCAUUUGUCUGCAACCUGCUGCGAACCCCCCCUAUUAUUACUGUGGAGUUUCAUGUAAACUGGAGCUGAGCUAUGCUUUUGGGAAGCCUGGAAUCCGUUAAAUUAAGGUGCCGUUUGCUAUCAUGACUGAUGGCGAGAGGAAAGAGCCCUUCCAGCCACUGGCCGGAGACGAUAUCCGGGUGCCCAUACCCCCGACACCCCAAGCAGGGGACCCCAGUGAAGAAGAGGAUGCGGGAAAUGCAGAGAAGUCAGCUCUGGGCAGCUUGGGCUCUGGAGGUUCUUCUGGAAGAGGUCGUGAACAAGGGAUGGGCUCGGAGGAAGGAGAACAGGUUCCAUACCCAGCCCUGGCACCCACCGUCUUCUUCUGUCUCAGCCAAACCACGCGUCCACGGAACUGGUGCCUCAGACUGGUCUGUAAUCCAUGGUUCGAGCAUGUCAGCAUGCUGGUCAUUUUGCUGAACUGCGUCACCCUGGGGAUGUUCCAGCCCUGCGAGGAUACAAACUGUAUGUCAGAGAGAUGCAACAUUCUAGAGGCAUUCGACGGCUUCAUCUUUGCAUUCUUUGCUGUGGAGAUGGUUAUUAAGAUGGUAGCGCUUGGCAUCUUUGGGCAGAAGUGCUACCUGGGAGACACAUGGAACUGGCUGGAUUUCUUCAUUGUUAUGGCAGGGAUGUUGGAAUAUUCCCUCGAUGGACACAAUGUCAGCCUAUCCGCUAUCCGCACUGUACGUGUUUUAAGGCCGCUAAGAGCCAUUAACAGGGUUCCCAGUAUGAGGAUACUGGUGACCCUGCUGCUAGAUACUCUGCCUAUGUUAGGCAACGUCCUUCUCUUGUGUUUCUUUGUGUUUUUCAUCUUUGGAAUCGUCGGCGUUCAGCUUUGGGCUGGGCUACUGCGCAACAGGUGUUUUAUGGAUACAAAUUUUGUAAUGAGUUACAAUUUCACCCCUCUGAGGCCGUAUUACCAGGUGGAUGAUGCAGAGGACAACCCUUAUAUCUGCUCCUCUAACCGAGACAAUGGGAUGUUAAAGUGCCAGGACAUCCCUCCCAAAAUGGACUGCUCCCAUGUAUACUACUCAGAUUUCCCCAGUAGGAAUAGCUGCGUGAAUAUUAAUCAAUACUACAACGUAUGCAAGCCGGGAGAGUUCAAUCCACAUAAAGGGGCCAUUAAUUUUGAUAACAUUGGCUACGCCUGGAUAGCCAUUUUUCAGGUUAUAACCCUAGAAGGAUGGGUUGAUAUCAUGUACUAUGUUAUGGACGCACAUUCUUUUUACAAUUUUAUAUAUUUUAUACUACUUAUAAUAGUGGGUUCUUUCUUCAUGAUAAACUUGUGCCUGGUUGUGAUAGCAACACAGUUUUCUGAAACAAAGCAGCGAGAGAACCAGCUAAUGCAGGAGCAACGGGCUCGUUACCUCUCCAACGACAGCACAAUCGCCAGCUUCUCGGAGCCAGGGAGCUGCUAUGAGGAGCUGCUCAAAUACAUCUGCCACAUCUUCAGGAAGGUUAAGCGAAGGACGUUAAGACUUUAUAAUAACUGGCAGAAUAAGAGGAGGAAAAAAGUUCAGCCCAACAGCAACACGAACAGUCAGGGGCGUCACCGCAAGUGCAAGCGGCGUAUCACCUCCAUUCAUCACUUAAUACACCACCACCAUCAUCACCACCACCAUCAUUACCACAUCAGCAAUGGGAGUCCCCGGGGUCCCAGGUCUAGUCCGGAGAUCUGUGAUGUGGAGAUGAAAAUCAUGAAGCCAAAGAAUCAACUAAGGCUUCCUCCAGCAUCCCCCAGCCUCCAAAGCAUGUCCCCCAACAGUGAGGCCGUCCACAGUAUCUACCACGCGGACUGCCACUUAGAGGCGCCUCAGCGGAAAUCGAGCAAGUCUUCCAAUGCCUCGUCAAACAUAAAACUGAAUGCUGGGUUGAAUCACAGUAACAUGAACUAUCCCACCAUCAUGCCCUCCCAAGCCAACAAAACCAGCCCCGCAACACUACCCAAAGGAAAAAGGAAUGGCAGCAAUGCAGUCAGCUUGCUAAGCAGCCCAGUCAGUAUGAAGGCAGAUUCGUUUGGGAAGACCAACCACCUAGUCGGAGAGCAUGGCCUGUGCAGGAGUUCCAGUAAGCUCUCCGGUUUGAGCGUGCCAUGCUCCUUGCCAAGCCCUCAGCCAAGCCCUCUACUGUGCGAAAUCCAGAACUGCCCGUACUGUGCCAACCUUUUGGAGAACCCUGACUUGGAGCUCAGCGACUCUGAGAGUUGCGAAUCGGAUUCUAACGGGGUCUAUGAAUUCACCCAGGACUUGAGGCGUGGAGACCAAAGAGACCAGGUGCAGAAAGGCAGAAAGCUCAAGACUAAGCCAAAGGAGGCUAACAAGGUGUAUCUGCUCUGGGAAGAGUUUACCGUCCGACUGAAAAGGAUUGUGGACAGCAAAUAUUUUAACCGCGGGAUUAUGAUUGCCAUCCUGAUCAACACGCUGAGCAUGGGGAUUGAGUAUCAUGAGCAGCCAGAAGAACUGACUAACGCCUUGGAAAUCAGCAAUAUUGUGUUUACAAGCAUGUUUGCGCUGGAGAUGCUGCUGAAACUCUUGGCCUUUGGGAUCUUUCAAUACAUCAAGAAUCCAUACAACAUCUUUGAUGGGAUCAUUGUCGUCAUCAGUGUGUGGGAAAUCAUCGGUCAGUCGGACGGAGGUCUGUCUGUGCUUAGAACAUUUCGCCUCCUUCGUGUGCUGAAGCUGGUACGAUUUAUGCCAGCACUGCGGCGUCAGCUGGUGGUCCUGGUGAAGACGAUGGACAACGUUGCCACCUUUUGCAUGCUUCUUAUGCUCUUCAUCUUUAUAUUCAGCAUCCUUGGCAUGCAUCUGUUUGGGUGUAAGUUUACUUGGACUGCAGACACCGGAGAGACAGUCAAAGACAGAAAGAACUUUGAUUCUUUGCUUUGGGCGAUUGUCACCGUCUUCCAGAUUCUCACCCAAGAAGACUGGAACAUGGUCCUAUACAAUGGCAUGGCUUCCACCUCCUCCUGGGCAGCUCUCUACUUUGUGGCCCUGAUGACAUUUGGAAAUUAUGUGCUUUUCAACUUGUUAGUAGCCAUCUUAGUCGAAGGCUUCCAAGCAGAGGGAGAUGCAACAAGGUCAGAUACAGAGGAGGACAAGGCUUCAGGCAACUUUGAUGAAGAUCUGGAGAAACUGAAGGAGCUUCGUGCUGCAGAACUGAAGAUGUACUCACUCGCAGUGACACCCAACGGACACCUGGACCCUCGGAGUUCCAUGCCCCCACCUAUCAUCAUGCGCACCGCCGCCACCCCAAUGCCUACACCAAAGAGCUCCCCUUGCAUGGACUCAUCACAUCCGUUCGGCGAUUCAAGAAGGGAAAGUAGCGUCUCGAUAGAUCCAUCAAUCGUUGAUCAGAAGUCUUUGGCAAGUCUACGCAGCACCCCUUGUACCCCCUGGGGCACUUACAGCAACUGGGGAAGCCGUCGCUCUAGCUGGAAUAGUCUGGGUAGAGCCCCAAGCAUCAAAAAGAAGAGCCAAUCAGGGGAGAGGGAGUCCUUACUCUCUGGUGAAGGAAAGGGGAGCACAGAUGAUGACUCAGAUGACUGCAAGUCAAGCCCAGCGGCGAGGGUAUCUCUCCAUCGCAGGGCAGGUUCCCUGGACACGCGGGGCUCUUUGGAUAUCCCAGAUUUCCUGCAGGUGCCCACGUUACGCCAUUCCCUAAGUGUCAGUCCUUUGGCCAUGGUUCCUUCAGAUUAUCAAGAUUGCAAUGGGAAAAUGAUGCACGUGCCCAGUGAUCUGUUCGUUCGGGUGGAGAAACACAGGGAGGAUCCGUUGGAGUAUGAAGACGACAUAGAAGAUAGUUACUGUUUCCGAAUCCGAAAGAUGUUGGAGCCAUACAAACCUACAUGGUGUAAGACGCAUGAAGACUGGUCCCUCUACAUGUUCUCACCUCAAAACCAGUUCCGGAUGAUGUGCCAAAAAGUCAUUGCCCACAAGAUGUUUGACCACGUGGUUCUUGUCUUCAUCUUCUUAAACUGCAUCACCAUUGCACUUGAACGGCCUGAUAUUGACCCCAAUAGCCUGGAACGGAUAUUCUUGAGUGUCUCCAAUUACAUUUUUACUGCAAUCUUUGUUUUGGAAAUGGCAAUUAAGGUGGUGGCCCUGGGCUUUGUCUCCGGGGAGAACACUUACCUGCAGAGCAGCUGGAACGUGCUUGAUGGGAUUCUGGUCUUCGUUUCCAUCAUCGAUAUCGUCGUGUCCCUUGCCUCUGCCGGGGGGGCAAAGAUCCUGGGAGUCUUGCGGGUACUGAGGUUGCUGCGGACCCUGCGCCCACUUAGGGUUAUCAGCCGAGCCCCGGGCCUGAAGUUGGUGGUAGAAACUCUCAUUUCCUCCCUGAGGCCUAUCGGGAACAUUGUCCUUAUCUGCUGCGCUUUCUUCAUCAUCUUUGGCAUUCUGGGAGUACAGCUUUUCAAAGGCAAGUUCUACUACUGCGAAGGGUUAGAGACGAGGAACAUCACCAACAGGUCAGAGUGCACCCGGGCACGGUACAAAUGGGUGCGGCGCAAAUACAACUUUGACAACCUUGGCCAGGCGCUGAUGUCGCUCUUUGUCCUCUCCUCCAAAGAUGGCUGGGUGAAUAUCAUGUACGAUGGCCUGGAUGCCGUUGCCACAGAUGUUCAGCCAGUCAAAAACCACAACCCAUGGAUGCUCCUGUACUUCAUCUCCUUCCUCCUCAUCGUCAGCUUCUUCGUGCUCAACAUGUUCGUAGGGGUGGUGGUAGAGAACUUCCACAAGUGCCGGCAACACCAGGAGGCGGAAGAGGCCCGGCGCCGGGAGGAGAAACGCCUCCGCCGCCUGGAGAAAAAGCGCAGGAGUAAGGCGUUGUAUAUGUCUGAGGCCCAGCGGAGACCGUAUUACGCAGAGUACUCGCCGGCGCGCCUCUACAUCCACACCAUGUGUACCAGCCACUACCUGGAUCUCUUUAUCACCUGCAUUAUUUGUAUCAACGUCAUCACCAUGUCCAUGGAACACUACAACCAACCCAAGUCCCUGGAUGAAGCUUUAAAAUACUGCAAUUACGUGUUCACCAUCGUCUUCGUGUUCGAGGCCCUGUUCAAGCUUGUGGCAUUUGGGUUCCGGAGGUUUUUUAAAGACAGGUGGAACCAACUGGACUUGGCCAUUGUUUUGCUCUCCAUCAUGGGAAUCACGUUAGAGGAGAUUGAGAUUAACGCCUCCCUUCCCAUCAAUCCAACUAUUAUACGCAUCAUGAGGGUGCUGAGGAUUGCUCGAGUGUUAAAGCUCCUGAAAAUGGCCACCGGGAUGCGAGCUUUGCUGGAUACUGUUGUGCAAGCGUUACCUCAGGUAGGCAACCUUGGCCUGCUCUUCAUGCUCCUGUUCUUCAUCUACGCAGCCCUGGGAGUGGAGCUGUUCGGAAAGCUCGUGUGCAAUGAGGAGAAUCCCUGUGAGGGACUCAGCCGACAUGCAACAUUUGAGAACUUUGGGAUGGCUUUUCUGACCCUCUUCCGUGUUUCCACAGGGGAUAACUGGAAUGGCAUCAUGAAGGACACUCUACGAGAGUGCAACAGCGAUGACAAGAACUGUCUCACCUACCUGCCCGUCAUCUCUCCCGUCUAUUUCGUAACCUUCGUGCUCAUUGCCCAGUUUGUCUUGGUCAAUGUGGUCGUGGCUGUGCUCAUGAAACAUCUAGAGGAGAGCAAUAAAGAGGCCAAAGAAGAUGCCGAGAUGGAUGCAGAGAUUGAGAUGGAGAUGUCUAGGGCACUGACACCUAUAAGUGGUGGCUGCACUCCAGCUUCAGAUGGCAAGGGAACUGAGGGAGGGCAAGAUCCAUUAAAGGGGGAGCUGCUGAAACAAGUGGGGGGGGCAGUGUGCCAAGAGAAUGUGACCUUAGUGAUCCCAGAGUCAAUGGAGGGUGCUGCCCUGCUGAACGACGCAGUCCCUGCUUGCUCCAUAUACCAACAGCAGGCCCUGCCACUUCCCCUCCAGCCUUGCGUCCUUGGGCACGAGGAUGGGGAUUUCCAAAGGAGGGAUGGAUCGGGCUCCCGAAACCUACUGGCUGUCAAAAAGAUCUCGGUGUCUAGGAUGCUCUCCUUACCUAAUGACAGCUACAUGUUUCGCCCAGUGCUACCAGCAAAGUCAUCUUAUCCUUUGCAAGAAGUGGAGACCACUGAAGAUAAUUCACCACAUGGGUCGACUGCUUCACUCCACUCCCAGCCAGGGGACAAUAACUCAUUGCUGAAUAUACCAGUGGAGUGCCAGCCACAGGCCUCUGUUAGCAACCACCAGGACUCUGCCGACCUGCCUAAAAUCCCACCGCCACAUACAUCCUCAAGAUCUCCAAGUCUAAACAGAUCCCUGAGAAGACAGGAGGCUAUACGUAUGGACUCAGUGGAUCAGGGUGGUGAUUCUAAGGACCUUAAUGUGGAAUCUACAGAGAGUUUGCAUCUGGGAGCUCCAUCAGUUACUACUUUAGUUCCAAAUUUGCUUUGCACCUUAAAUGUGUCUCUGCAGGGAACCCCCCAGUCCUCACCUAGGCUAUCUCCACAGCCUAGACAUUCCAGUGUCCUCACACACAACCAUGUAUACAGCCAACACAGUAUUCCAAGUCGGCCUUCGAGUGUCAGUAGUGGCAACAGCAACCCAGAGGAAUCUAUGUUUGAGUCCUCAGACCUGGCUGAUGAAGAAGUCAGCCAUAUAAACAGUUCAGCAAAAGACUGGAGAGGAUCAUCUAAUAAUAGAAGUCACUCUGUUUCUCCAUUCAUCUCCCAAUCUUCAUCUCCUCCUCCUCUUUCUCCGUCACUAAAGAACUGCAAUAGCACAGUCAGCCUGGCAGGGUCCAGCGGCAAAGAUAAAGACUUGAAGAAGUUCUAUAGUGUUGAUACUCAAGGAUUCUUAGCUAAGCCCUGCUGGGGGGAUGACCAAAGGAGGCACUCAAUUGAGAUCUGCCCUUCCAUUGAUGAUGGAGAUUCCUGCUUUGACCUGUCCAUGGAGGACAAACAUUGCUCUUCUGUUCUCAUUCGGUCUGACCCCGAAUACAUCAAUGGAGUCCGACGAAAGAAGAAGAUGAGUCCCCCUUGCAUUUCUAUAGACCCUCCUAUGGAGGAUGAAGGUGGCACAGCUUCCCGUACCAAAGCAUCAGAAAACAGCAUGAUGUUACGAAGAAGGACCCCAUCCUGUGAAUCUACUGCAUACAGGGACUCUUUAGAUCUUAGUGACAACCAGCUUGGGGACCAAAUAUCUAAAACUGAUAGACGAACCCAGGUGCCCUGUCGCAAUGAACACUUGAUCAUACCCAGCUACUCGUUUGACAAGGUGGACGGAAACGGCUUCUCAGACCUAAUAUCUAACAGUGGGGGUUCUACUCCGACGUCCGUUUUCAAUGAACCUGUGUCUUUAGAAAUGAAACAAAAAGAUCACAACGAUCUGAGCGGCGUUUCUAAAGUUUCGUUGAAAACUGCACUAGAUCACGUAUCCAACCCAACAGAGGACAUAAUCGAUAACCCAUUAUAGCUUUUAAUGAUUUAAGGGCUUGUGACAUUAUAACUGGUUGACGAACCACUGGAUAGACGGGUCUUAAAAUUACUUUUUGGGGGUGUUCGUGUUCUCAACGGGCUGUACGAUUUCAGGAGAACUAAAUAAAACAGGGGAUAUGCAGACGGUCUGAAUCUAAA